AAAAUUCUGUCAGUUAUAGGGUUUCCUUUCGAAUCGAUAAAUACAUAUAUUCUCUCAAUUAGGGUUUUACCUAUAUUUUAGACAGAUAUUUACAAAUAAUAGUAAUAAUUUAUCAUAAUAGUCUUUGUAAAAUUAUCAAUCCAAUUCGUAUAUCUAUUCAAAUCACGAGUUUACAAAACCCGGAAAACAAGGGGGAGACAUGGAGGGAGGGGGAGAUGACGUCAGCAUAGAGGAGCUUACUUCCAAUCUUUCUACAUAUAAACAACAGCUUCAAGAGGUUAGGAAGCUUUUGAAGAGUGAACCUGGGAAUGCUGAAUAUGCUGAUGUGGAGAAAGAACUCGUUGAGGUGAUUGCUUUAACCGAAGAACUCUUAGAAACUGCACGCGAAGCUGCGAAUUCUGGAGCUGGUAUUGGUACAGGUGCUGCUGACAUCUCACCUACAUUUCAUCAAUCGGAGAAUGAUGCGGUAUCAAGCGGAAUGUCUGAUGGUCACACACUUCCUGUUGGUACUAAAGUUCAAGCCGUUUAUAGCGAAGAUGGCGAGUGGUAUGAUGCUACAAUUGAGGCUCUUACACCAAAUGGAUAUUUGGUGGCUUACAGUGGGUGGGGAAAUAAGGAAGAGGUUGAUCCUGAUAAUGUUCGGGCGUUAGAAGAAGGGAUUGUUAAUCCGUUAGUGGAAGCUGAGAAGGAAGCAGAAGCAACUAAACAAGCCCUAAAACGUAAGAUUGCUCAAGCUGCUACAGCUGAUGUGGACUACCAGUCAAAAAGCUUACCAGCAAAACUUCGUAUUGAACCAGAAGAUUCUGAGGAUGUGAAAGCAGCCAAGCGUAAGAAGAUACAUGCUUUCAAGUCUAAGAUGCGAAAGGAGCAAAUUGAGGUUACGCAGAAUAAGAGGCAAAACGCGUGGCAACAAUUUCAAACCACAAAAGGUCGUGCCAAGAAGAUUGGGUUCUUCUCGGGUCGCAAGCGGGAAAGCAUAUUCAAGUCUCCUGAUGAUCCUUCUGGUAAGGUAGGUGUGACUGGAAGUGGAAAAGGUCUGACCGAUUUCCAAAGAAGGGAAAAGCAUCUACAUCUCAAGGGAGCUAAUGCUGAAAACACCGAAGAAUAAAUAUGUAAAAUUUCAUAACUUUGAUAUGCUCCAUGCACUAGUUUUUUUCUGUUUUAUGUCAGUACAUGUAGAGUGCGUGAAGUGUAUCCAAGCAAGAACUCUUUGGAUGCUGAUUUUAUCAAGUUAGAUGCAUUUGUACUUCA